UCAACAUGUCUCAUAUUUACAUUAUAUAUUCACGUAUGUAACAACAUAUAUUAUUAAGCUGAUAGCUAAAUAAUUGUUUACGGAACCUCGUAAUAUCAUGCCUGUUUUGCACGGGAGAUAUUUGAGAUGCACUCCUCGAUUCCGCUUCUGUUCUGAUGUAGCAGCAACAAGCUAGCUGAGUGUUUACCUGAAUGUUAUCCGUUUUUGCAUGUAGACUUCCAUAACAAUUAUAUCACAUUUUGAAAGUAUAGUAUUUGUUGACUUUUUAAUCCGGGUUUGUAAUUUAUUUGUUUGCCUUUGGUAUUCCGUCCACGCCAGCUUCCCUGCAAUGGGAGGGAAUGCGAGGUGAUGCUAGCUAGCCAUUUCGCUAACGUUCGCCACCUCGCUAGUUUUUUAAACAAUAUUGAGACGCUAACUGGAUAACGUUAGCCAGCUGGACUAGCUACAUCAAUAAAACAUAGACGCACGGAAAGGUGCAAAAUAUGCACCUUUAGUUAUUUCCUUGCGUUUAUUGCCAAGUGUCGAUUGCUGAGAGAACGUAGCCAGAGGCUGCACUGCCAACCCAGGACUCGGGAUGGCGGCUAAAGCGGCCGAUGGUGGUGGUACAACUGACCUCAUAGACAUCUACGACGAGAAGUUCAGUCAAAACAACGGGGAGGAUGGAGAUUUUGCAAUGACAGCAGAGGCAAGUGAUCUUUAUGAUGAUGUGCUCACUGGCUCUGUGAGCCGGGAAAGGAAAUUCUCAGAAGAUACUAUCCCUCUCAGCAAGAACCAGCCAACGAAAGAGGAGAGCAAACCAGCAAUACUGUACACUUACAGUGGGGUGUGGAACAAGAGACUGGCUGUAUAUGUGGGCAACUUCUCCUGGUGGACCUCUGACAAAGACCUUAUUAACGUGGCUCGCACCUUGGGUGUGAAGGACAUUGUGGAGAUCAAAUUUGCUGAGAACAGAGCUAAUGGCCAGUCCAGAGGAUACGCUGAGGUAGUGGUGGCCACAGAAGAGUCAUUGCAGAGGUUGCUGGAGACUUUGCCAAAUUGUCAUGUUAAUGGGGAAAAGGUGGACUGCCGCUUUGCCACACGCCAGAAUCUUGCCGUGUUUGAAGCCCAGGCUAAUAAACGUGUCCCCAAGCGCUCUAACUCAAAGGAGUCGUCAGAUACUGGGGAAAACGCCUCCGUCUCCCCUCCUGUGCUCAACCAGAACCACUCCACUGUCCCUCACACUAUCCAACCCCAACACAUUCACAACAAACCUCCCCCUCUGUCAGUCCCAUACUUUAGGCUGCCGCCUCCUCUUUUCCCCCACCUACCCCCACACAUUCCCCCUCCCCCCAUGCCACACCUUUUCCCUCCACCACCUCUACGUCUCCCCAGCCAUCCUCCUCCCUCCCUGCAUCUCAACCCCGCCUUCUUUCCUCCAGCACAACAUGACAACUACAGUCAACAACACAACACACCGUACAACCGGCACAGCAGCAGGGACGGUGAAGCGCCCACACCCCAAAUGCCAGAGGGAGAGUUUGAUGAGCUGAUGAACAGAAACAGAGCAAUCGCCAGCAGCGCCAUCACCAAGGCUGUGUCUGGAGCUACUGCUGGAGACAUGCCCCUGGCCAUUGAGACGCUUUUGACUGCCAUUGCUGUCAUCAAGCAGUCAAGAGUGUAUGGGGACGAGCGCUGUCGAGCUCUGGUCACCUCUCUGAAAGACUGCCUCUUCUCCAUCGAGAGCAAGUCUUAUGGCUCCAGGAAAAGACACCGUUCCCGUGACAGAGAACACCGUUCCCGAGAUAGGGAGCGAGACAGGGAAAGAGAACGGGACAGAGGCAGAGGAAGGGAAGAAAGGGAAGAGUCCUACAGCCAGGAAUGGGAGGCUGCAGGAAUGUCCCGCCGGCACCGAGAACGCUCCCUAAGUGGGGAGAGAGAUGGGAGAGACCGGGAGCGUGUUCGGGAACGAGAUAGACAUAGGGAGCACCGCGAGCGGCACCGCUAGGACAUUCUAGGUGGUCUUAGUCCCCGUCAGGCUUGAGUAGGAGGGGAGGCAGGACUUUAUUUCUGAACCAAGCUGCUUAAGUCUGGGAUAAUGGAUGAACUGAUGGUGAGACAAAAUGAAUGUCCAUAGUCCCCCGUUCACAUUUCCCUGGUACUCAGCAGCCACCAAGCAUUUUAUCUUAUCAUAAUCUUCUGAUCUCAUCCAUCACCAACCCCCUCUUUCUUAGUGUUCCUGUCUUUGUAAUUUUAUUUUUGAUUAUAAAUUGACGGUUUCAGGGUCGUGGCUGCAACUUUUGUUGUUUGCCACACCGACAUGCACAAAGCAGAGGUACAUUUUUUUGUAUGUUGAAUUGUGCAGUGUUUUUUCCCCCCUCUUCCCCAUUCUUUUGUGUCAAACUUGAACUGAUUAAAAAAGGCUGUUAAAAUGA